AUGCAGCGGCCAGAAUACAUUAUCGAGCAUAUGGAAGAGGAUGAACCUGAUGCGCCGGCGCACUUCCCACCAUGGGCACUCCUCGAGUACCGGCACAUGCUAUACCAUAUCGGCGCCGGCUCAACAGUGCACUUUACGGCCCUAUCACAGGCAUCCCUGGACGCAUUAGAAGAGGCCUUUUCUCAGCCACUGCUGCCACUAACGAAUCCAGCCAAAUUUGAACUACACGCCAAGUCAGUCACAACCCUGGCGAAGGAACGUGGUUGGAGCAUGGAACGGAUCUGCUUGCUUGAUCCGAAAGCACCUCUGCCUUUGUCUGUGCGGGAUGCUGGCAUGCACACGUCCCAAGCGCCGGCACCGUCUUCGGCGUCGCAGGCCAUGCCCUUUACACACUUUUUGUUCGGAGGCAUUCUUGGUGAUGAUCCGCCGCGCGAUCGAACGUCGUCUCUUCGCAACAUGGGAUUUCCAGGUCGGCAUCUCGGUAGCGUCCAAAUGUCGACAGACACGGCGGUAGGCGUCACGAAGCGUGUGGUAGAGGAUGGAUUGCGGUUAGGCUUGGCAGAGCUCCAGGGCACGGAAGGUGCUGACAUCGACUCAGAUGGCCAGGGGUCGCUCGUGUUUGUGGAUAGUCCCACGAUCGAAUUUGGUCGUGGCGAGUCGGUACGUAUUUGGACGACCAGUCGCUGUCUCGUUGACGCUUGA